UGCUUUUGUUUACACAUGCCCAACAGAAGAUAUAUAAUGGCGAGCUUGAUGACCAUCCAUGACUAGGACUUUGCAACCAGCCAAUAUAUCAAACGCGAGCAGCGCGUGUGCAGGUGGUCCACCACCAGCGGAGAGGCGAGGAUGCGAUGGCGUCGUCGUCGUCCAAGAAGGUGUGCGUGGUCGGCGCCGGCGUCUCCGGACUCGUAUCCGCCCGCGAGCUGCGCCGGGAAGGCCACGACGUGACGGUCAUGGAGCAGAGCGGCGGCAUCGGCGGGCAGUGGCUGUACGACCCGAGGACCGACGCCGGCGACCCUCUCGGCGUGGCCGGCGCGCAGAGCAGCAUCUACGCCUCCCUCCGCCUCAACACGCCCAGGGAGACUACGAGUUUAUCCGAUUUCCCCUUCUUCCCCACCAACGACGGCACCGGCGGCGACGCCCGGCGGUACCCGCUGCACGGCGAGUUCCUGAGCUACAUCAGGGACUUCUGCGGCGCGUUCGGGCUCAUGGACGCCGUCAGGCUCAACACCAAGGUCCUGCACGUCGGCCCGUUGGCACCGUGCGGGCGCGGGCGCGGCCACGACGGCGCCGUGACGCGGUGGAUGGUGAGGUGGUCGAGACAUGGUGACUGUGAGGGCCAGGUGGUCACCGCGGAGGAGGUGUUCGACGCCGUCGUCGUCGCCGUCGGCCAAAACACCCAGCCAAGGCUCCCUACCAUCAACGGCAUGGACAAGUGGAGCAGGAGGCAGCUGCAUUCGCACUCGUACCGGUCACCGGACUCGUUCGACGACCAAGUGGUGGUGGUGGUCGGAUGCCACCCGAGCGGCACGGACAUCGCGCUGGAGCUCUGCACGGUGGCGAGAGAGGUGCACAUCAGCGUCAAGUCCAUGGACGCCGCCGCCGUUGUCCCCGGCAUGAGGCGAGCUGUGUCCAGGCACGACAACCUGCACCUCCACCUCCAGAUCGACUGCCUGUGCGAGGAUGGGCAGGUAAUGUUCGCCGACGGCUCGUGUGUCGUCGCCGACUCCAUCAUCUACUGCACCGGGUACGACUUCUCGUUCCCGUUCCUGGACACGGGAGGGCUGGUCACCGUCGACGACAACCGCGUCGGCCCGCUGUUCGAGCACACGUUCCCGCCGUCGCUGUCCUUCGUCGGCGUGCCUAGGAUGGUGGUGGUGCCGCGGUUCUACGAGGCGCAGGCGAGGUGGGUGGCGCAGGUGCUGUCCGGCCGGAGGCCGCCGCUGCCGCCGGAGGAGGAGAUGCUGCGCGCCGCCGAGUACCACCACCGCGCGAGGGAGGAGGCCGGCGUGCCCAGGCGGCAAUCGCACAACAUCUUCUUCGACGUGGACUACAUGGACGAGUUUGGGGCCAAGCACUGCGGCUUCCCGCGGUUGCCGGAGUGGAAGAAGGAGCUCCUGCGGUCGUCCGUUGCAAGACUGCGCGAUGCCACGGAGAGCUACCGUGAUGACUACCGCGACAGCGGCUUGGUUCGGGAGGGCUUGCAAGCACAGGGCUGGCUUACCGGACGGCCGCCGCCGCCGCCGGACACGAGAGUAGAAAACGAGUCAUGAGUGGCGGCGAGCUCCCGCAAGAGCUCUUUCUUUCUUUUUUUCAAUUAUUCUUGAAAGAUCCGGAUUCCCGGCUUACAUGUGCGCCAGAAGCACGACGAUUAAACAAAUUGUGGUGUGUUCCAGCCAGCACUCCUGGACAUGCAUGUCUACCAA